UCCCAAGAUUCAACCACUUUUUUUCUCAAAAAACGUGACAUUUGGUCAAAUGAUAAAAGUGUUCUGUGCAGCAACUGGCAGAGAACCAUUAACUUUCCAAUGGCACAAAGAUGGAUUACCUAUUUAUAAUUCUCAACAAACUAAAAUUCAGAACCAUGAUGAUUUUAGUGUGCUUACCAUUAACUCAGCUGAUUAUAAUAGUCCUGGGAAUUAUACAUGUAUUGUCAAGAAUACUGACGGAAGUUCCAGUUACAGUUCUGAGCUAGCGAUUCAAGCUCCACCAAAAUGGACCAAAGAACCCCAGGAUGCAUCUGUUGGUCUGGAAGGUCGCAUUAGCUUAGAUUGCGAAGUCAGGGGGCAUCCGAGGCCGAAGAUAACUUGGUUCAAGAUAAACGGCGAGGAAAGUGAUCUACUAAAACUAACGGAUAGAUAUCAAUUAGCUGACAAUGGUUCUCUCAUCAUUGGUGAUGUGAAGCCAGAGGAUGCGGGGAAAUAUGAAUGCAAAGCAUCUAAUGAUAUCGGAAACGGACUGAGCAAAGUGGUGUCCUUAAGCGUCCACGUUCCAGCCCGAUUCGAGAACAAAUUUAAAGUGGAAACAGUUCGAUGGGGUGAAACAGCAAUUUUGCACUGCGAAGCCUUUGGCGAUAAUCCUAUCACAUUAACGUGGACCAAAAAUCAAAUUCCGAUAUCGGAAAAGGAAAGCACAAGAUAUGAAGUAUAUGACAGUACGUCAGAGCGAGGAACUACCUCAGAACUGCACGUACAAGUGACUGACCGUGAGGAUAAUGGGCUAUACGUCUGCAUCGCUAAGAACGCUUUUGGGAAAGAUGAACGGACUGUCAAACUAGUUGUACUCGAGGUUCCGGGUCCCCCAAGCGACGUCCGCGUGGAGCAGACCUGGAGUCAAAGUGCCACUGUUCGAUGGAACGUUCCAUACGGUGGAAAUAGUCCAAUAACGUCUUUCGUCGUACAGUACUGGAGAGAUGCAGGUGCCCCUCAUCGACUGGAAGAAGAAAAAGUUUCCGCUUCUCAGACUUUUACCAUGCUGAAAGAUCUACAACCAGGUACUUCAUAUGUAGUGCGAGUGCUGGCCGAAAAUGAUGUGGGACGGGGUAAUCCGUCUGAAUCUCAACAGUUCCUAACAAAAGAAGCGGAACCUUCUGCACCACCAACUGAUGUCACAGUCGAAGCCCGUGGAGCUGGAACUUUGCGAGUCAAAUGGAAGACCCCUCCGCGAGACCAGUGGAACGGUCAGUUGAAAGGCUACUACAUAGGCUAUCAAAUUGCAUCUAGUAGCGAACCAUAUUCCUUCAAAACCGUAGAAUUCAGCAAACAAGGCGAAGAGGAAUACCGUUUGACGAAUUUGCAAAGGGCAACAGAAUAUCGAGUCAUUGUGCAAGCUUUCAACAGUGCGGGAAGUGGACCUGCUUCUCAAGACGUCGUCGCCAAGACAUCAGACACGGAUCCGCCUUCUCCUCCUUUCCUGUGGGUUGAUUUCCAGUCUCGCUCUAGCAUCGGUCUCAAAUGGAAACAUAAAAUCCCACCGGCCACCAAGACAGAAGACGAUAAAGAGACUUCUACAGCAGCUCCAGCACCAGAUUACACUCUCUAUUACAAGGACGAAUACGGUCCUUGGAGCGAAAUCACAAUUCCAAGAUCUGCUGAGAAAGAAUACACCUUGAGCGGCCUGCGGGAAGGAACCAGAUACCAGCUAUAUAUGAGAGUGACCUCCGAGUCAGGAGAUAGUGACCCCAGUGAUAUUUUAACUGUCAGAACCGAAGGAGGAGCGCUGUCGGACAUGUCGUCUCAUCCCAUCGUGGAGAAAGGAGAAGACACGCCUAUUUAUCUGAGGCUUUCAGUCAUCGCUCCUCUGGGUUCCUCAGUGGGGAUCAUCUUCCUGGUGCUAAUUGGGGCCUGUUUCUACGUCAGAAGGGAGGAGAAACGCUACAAAGCAGCUGUGCCAGGUAUGCGUCUCCUGUGACAUCUCCAAUGUGCUGAAGAAA